UUACAAUGGUCCUAAUGAUCUGAACUAUAUACAUAUGAUGACUGACUGUAGAUAAGCAGUGGACACUUAAACUCAUGAAUAGUACAUCUGAAGUUUAAUGAAGUAUAUAUUAUACCAAUGUUUAAAUUGAAUUUUGCCGAAGUUCCUCUCUUCGUAAAUAUUCUAGUACAGUGUUUUCUAAUAGUACACGGACAAACACACAAACCAAGUUCAGAUGCUGUGUUGGUGACUGCAUUGUACGACAUUGGUCGAGAUCGGUGGCAGUUCUUCCGCAGGAGCUUCGACGAAUAUCUGUCAUACUUUAGAAAUGUUCUUGGUUUAAAUGUGAACCUGAUUGUGUAUUCUGACGAAACUGUUCAAAACUUUGUGCUGGACCAAAGGAAAGGUUAUCAGAACAAAACCCAAACCUUCAGAAUUAAAUUUUCGGACUUAGAAUAUUCUCAAUACCGGCAGCAUAUUAAUGACGUCAUCACAUCACCCGAGUUUCGAGAGUCGAAUGACAUGUUGGACCACCCCGAGGCCUUUUCAGUAGAAUAUUUAAUUCUAAUGAACAACAAAAUAUCGUUUCUUGCAGACGCCGUUCGGCGUAACCCGUUCAAUAGCACGCAUUUCUUCUGGAUAGACGCCGGGUACGGGCAUGGCGAAGACCUAACCCGAUGGAAAAACUUUCAACCGCGAAAACUUCUCGACUAUCAUGAUAAGAUAACCUAUAUUGAACUUAACGACCCCAGGUGGUACAUAGAUAUUAACGAUCCCCACAAAGUCAACAUGGGACCCGCGUUUUGUGGUGGUUUCUUUGGCGGGGACGGUGGCGCCAUUUUGAGGUAUGAGCGACUGUAUAGGAAAACGUUUCGAAAACUCCUGACUGAGUACAUUGUUGACGACGAUCAGAACGUGGCCUUCCAGUGCUACAUGGAGUGUCCAAACUGGUUCCGAAAUGUCCGAGGGAACUGGUUUGACGCUUUUGAGCUAUUUUCCUGAAUAUAUCGGGCUUUAUUGGAUUUGACCACGCCCCGACCGAAAUUAUCACCUCAUAAUAUUCAAAGUAUGAUUCCUUAUUCCUUAAAUAAAACGGCUUGGUUGUUUCAUUUAUCUAUCUUACUACUGUACAUAAACAGUAAUUUAGUAACUGUUCUUUGCUCUUUACGAGAUGCAAAUAUAAGCAAUAAGAUUAUUCAUGCGUGUUGUGAAGGUAGCGUCAUUGCACAAAGAAGUACAUAACCUGCGAGCGCGUGUUUACAGCUGCACUUAUGUAUUUUUUCCGGCAAUGUCGCUUCCUUCAUGUUCUGCAUAAAUCAUAAAAAGUGCAUUAUUUUAUUGUUUAAGUUAAAAGGCAUUAUACACAUGAGAUGUGUUUGUUAAAAGUCUGAAUAUUAUAAAAGUAAUUAUAGCCAGAAAAUCGCAUCAUAGAGUUUUUUUGUGAGAAUAUUUCCUGGUAUAGAUUGAUGAAAUGUAUCAGACAUAGAUCAUUAUAUACUACUGUGCAAAAAUAUUCUACGAAAUAAUAUUGUCGUUAGAAAGUUUUUAUAUUUACACGCACUUAUUUAUUUUUAAAAAUAACAUCUACAUCGCUAAAGAAGGUCACUAUACAUUCCUUGUGUACAUUCAAACAUGUGCACGUGAUUUAAAAAAAUUAUGAAAAUUUAUAUAAUUAUAUUACCAUUGAAUUUUUCAAACUAGAUAAAACCUGUAUUUAUAUAGUUGUUACAUGCUUAUUUACUUUAUUGGAUUUAUUUGAAUUUACAUCUACCCAGUCGAUCGGAUAUAUUUCUUUGAUUGCCCUUCUACAGAGUUAUCUUUCUUUCGUCUGCGUCACUUCUUCGACUCGGAAGGGGGGGGGGGGGGGCUUUAUGUCGGUAAAUGUCUGAGAAGCUGAGGUUGCGCCUUAUCUUGUGUUUAAUUAAUGGCAAUUUAAUAUGAGAACUCCCUUUAAUGAAUGAAAGAUCAAAGCUGUUUCUAGAAUUUUACUGUUAUUUUUAACUUUGCGUUGUUUCCCAACCAUCGCCAUAAACCAUUAAACCAAGCACUCAACACAAGGUUCCCGGCGGCGACAGCUGUUCUUAAUGUAUUGGAGCGUCUAUCACUAGUACAUAGUAUAUGGGUGUCAAU